GGCUGGUCCUGCAUCUAUAGUGACAAGAUUUGGGCCUGAUCCAUCUUUGACCUCCCAGAGCUGAUUAUACAAAACCCCAUCUACGCUUUCAAGCAAUCAUCAGUUCGCCAAAAGAAUCUUUGGAUAUUUUUAUAUAUAUAUAAAGCGAACCCAAGGCAAUGGUGAAGGAAAAGAAAAAAGCCGACAAGAAAGGAGACAAGGCGGUGCGCUCCCCCACCAACUCUGACUAUCCGGAGCAGGCCAAGCAAGAAGGCAAUGCUCACAGGCCAGAACUCCCCGGGGGGGGGGCCGUCCCCAGCCUGGAGCCGAACAAACUGCCCACACCCAAGAAAGAACCUUCAACUGUGGGUCACAGUGAGGAGGAAACUCAGUACGAGGAGCCCAUCCUGACCAAACUCAUCGUGGAGAGCUAUGAAGGGGAGAAAGCCCAUGGACUGUAUGAAGGAGAAGGCGUUGCUGUUUUUCAGGGCGGGAAUACCUACCACGGUAUGUUUUCAGAAGGACUCAUGCAUGGACAAGGGACUUAUAUUUGGACUGACGGAUUGAAAUAUGAGGGGGACUUUGUGAAGAACAUCCCCACGAACCACGGCACGUACACGUGGACAGACGGCAGCACGUUCGAGGGGGAAGUGAUGAACGGCAUGAGGAAUGGAUUCGGCAUGUUCAAGUGCAGCACACAUCCCGUGUCCUACGUUGGCCACUGGUGCCAGGGCAAGAGACACGGGAAGGGCUCCAUUUAUUACAAUCAAGAGGGCACCUCUUGGUAUGAAGGAGACUGGGUGAAGAACAUCAAACAGGGCUGGGGGAUACGAUGCUACAAAUCUGGGAACAUAUACGAAGGCCAGUGGGAGAACAACGUGCGCCACGGGGAAGGCAGGAUGAGGUGGCUGACCACGAACGAGGAAUACACCGGUCGCUGGGAGAAAGGGGUCCAGAACGGCUUUGGAACGCACACGUGGUUUCUGAAGAGAAUCCUCAACUCCCAGUACCCCCUAAGAAACGAGUACAUAGGGGACUUUGUAGACGGGCAGCGUCACGGGCACGGCAAGUUCUACUACGCCAGCGGAGCGAUGUAUGAGGGAGAAUGGGCUUCCAACAAGAAACACGGCAGGGGCCGAUUAACUUUCAAGAAUGGGCAAGUGUAUGAAGGUCUGUUUUCCAAUGACUACCCAGUUCAGCUUCAAGACCCUGAAACUGACCAGGCGCCAGACGCCUCCCAACAGGUCCGGGCGCCAUCUGUCUCCCAGCAGAGUGGGCCUUCAGAUGCUGCCCAAAAGAGCCGGCCACCAUCUGUCUCCCAAAAGGGCAGGCUGUCAUCUGCCUCCCAGAAGAGCAAGAUUUCAGACAGCUCCCAGCCGGGCAGGCAGUUGGGAUCGUCUCUUAGUGCAGAGAUUCUCCGCAGGCUCAACGGCAGCGAAAAUCACUCUGUGUUAGGAUCAAGCAUCGAGCUGGAUAUAACCUUGCUGUUGAACAGGUACCCUAAGGAGACCCAAGCAGAAGAAAAGAAGCAAGUAGAAUACGCCGUUCUCAGGAACAUCACAGAGCUUAGAAGAAUCUACGGCUUCUACAGCAGCCUAGGGUGUGAUCAUUCCCUGGACAACACCUUCCUGAUGACAAAGCUGCACUUCUGGAGAUUUCUAAAGGACUGCAAGUUUCAUCGUGAUAAGAUAAUGCUUGCAGAUAUGGACAGAGUCUUAAGUGCCAAUAAUGACAUACCAGUGGAAGAAAUUCAUUCUCCAUUUAGAACCAUACUUCUGAGAACAUUCUUGAGUUACCUACUGCAUCUGGCUUACCACAUUCACCACAAAGAAUUCCAAAAUCAAAGCCCAUCGCUCUUCUUGUGUUUUACAAAACUGAUGACCGAGAACAUCCAUCCCAAUGCCUGCCAGGUCAAAGGUAACUUAUUCAAGGAGCAACAGCGAACACUCUACUCGAUGAAUUACAUUGAUAAGUGCUGGGAGAUUUACACGGCUUACUGCAGGCCAAACGCAGGCCCGCCCCAUGAGCUGACGAUGAAGAUGAGAUACUUCCUCUGGAUGCUGGCGGAUUUCAAAAUGAUAAAUAAGGAGUUAACUCCAACCAAAUUUAUGAAAGUAAUAGCAGAAGAUAAUCCUUUCAUCCAUGAUGGAAAUGAUAGCAACUUUGAACUGGAGCUGGUUUUCCUCGAAUUCUUUGAAGCUCUCUUAUGCUUUGCACUCGACUACGUUUCUGACACGGGGACUGAACCCUGUGUGAAAGCCCCAUAUGAUGAGCUGCCUGGAAAUGAGCUGGGGAGCACGCAGACUCGGCACACUCACAGGAACGCGAGUGCGAUCACGAGCAAGGACUUCAGCAGCACCAAGUCAUCUUCAAGCAAGGUCGGAGUCUUGCCCGAGAGCAAAGCCAGGAAAGAAGAGACCAAGAAGUCCCUAAGUGAUGACAGAGUCUCCAAAAUAAACUUCAAAGUCCCAGAAAAAGUACUGAUUUUCCUGUCUCAACAUGAGAAAGAGGAAAAGCCCAAGGACGAGCAGAACGAGCAGCUCAACUCGUGGGUCAACAACCUGUACGCGUUCUUCGUGAACGCCCUCUUCAGUGCGUACAAACACGAGGAGAUGCUCAAGGAGAAAAUGAAGGAAACCCGGAAUCAGGAGGUUGCGCUGGCUGAGCAGAGGAGGGUGGAAAACGAGGAGCUGGAAGCGAGGCUGAACCUCCUAAGUGAAGAGGCCAAGAAACAAGACAAUGAUAUUGACGUCACCACAGCCAAGGAGCCAGCAGAGGCCCCGCCCUCACUGACGGUCACACCAAGCCCUCCUAAAGAGGACCCGGCCACCUUGCAGGCCAGCAAGACCAUCGCCAGCAAGAAGAAGAGGCGAUAGAGACCCUCCUCAGGGUGGCAGUGACGCUGCCAGGUCAGACAGGCAAGUUUUACCACCAUGAGCACUGUGGCCUGCCCCUCACAAUAAAACUGCUUUCAGCUUC